CUCUUUCUGUCUCCUCUUCUCUAUGUAAACCUCUUUCCUUUCUCUGUUUAUUUCUCCCACCCCUCCCCGCCAUGUUCCUAUGUCUCCAUCUUUCUGUUUCUGCUCCUCUCUCUCUGUCACUUGUGUGUCUGACUCUAUCUUACAUUCAAUUUCUGUCUCUAUCACUUCCCCCUGCCACUCCUCAAGGCUCAGGAGUGUGUGUGUGUAUGUGUGUGUGCAUAUUUACACACACCCAGCUAUCAGCUAGUCCACAGAUCUGUGGGAGCUGUGAGGCCUUGAGGGGCUGAAGGGGCCCACCAGCUCCACUUAUCUCAAGCCCCUGCCCUAGCACCUUCUCUUGGUCCACUGGCACUGGCUCUGAGACUUUGGGGGUACCAUGAGAAAAGUUUGGCCCCAGGUGGCUGUGGCAGGCUCAGUUGGAUUGAACUGAGAAACAGUGCAGAGGGGAGCCAUUUUCCAGGGAGGGAGGGGGAAGAAAGACAUCCACUCAAGCCCCACAUCUUCCAGCCUCAAUCCCAUCCCAGCCCCAGCAGGAGCUCUGAGCUUCUCUGGCUUCUGCUUUACUGCCUCUCCUGGGAAACCUGCCCUGCUAUCCUAUCACACCCUAUAUCCCCCACCCAGCCCUCAUACACUAGGAGCUCUCCUACUUACCCCCAAGCUUUCCUGUGCCCUCCCAUUCACACACUGCCCAGACUGCUUUCUCAGCAAAUAUUACUUGGAUGCCUCCCGGUGGCCCUCCCUGAGCCACUAGCCCCCUAGUCCCUCAACCAAUUGAUUUGACAGCUUUUGACUGAGAGCCUACGGUGGGCUCUGCACUGCUCUUCUAGAGUGUGUGAGUCGAUAAUCCCUACCCUCGUGGAGCUUUCCUUCUAAUAGGGAGGGGCAAGCAAUAAAUCAAAAUUUAAAAGUGAAUAUUUUAUACUAACCAUAAAUGAAGUAUAAUCUUUAAAACUGUGAAUCACUAUCUAUAACUUAUAUAAUACUUACAUCAACUAUAUGACAAUAUAAAUAAAUAAAUUAAAACAACUAUUAAAAAAGGUAAAUUAUGUAGUGCAUCAGAAGAGAGAAAUUCCAGGAAGAGAAAUAAAGCAGGGCAGGGGGACACAGGGGUGCUGUUUUCUCACCCAGAUUACUACAGGAGCCUCCUAAGUAGUAUCCCUACUUCUACCUUCGCCUCACAUGAUCUAUGCUCCUCACAACAGCAAGCAGGAUCCCAUUCAAUCCUGAGUCAUAUCACAUCUUAUCUCUGCAAAACUCUCCCAUGGCGCCCAUCUCACUCAGAGUAAAAGUCAAGAGUCCUCAAUGUGACCUAUGUGAUCUGGCCUCACCACCUUGCUGAGCUCUCCUCCUACCACUUUCCCCCUGCUCAUUCCCUCCCACCUACCUCCUUACUCUUCCUCAAAUGUGCCACGUGCAGUCUCACCUCAGAACCUUUGUUCUGGCAAUUCCCCCUGCUUAGACUUCUCUUCUCCCAGAUAUCCACAUGGCUCGCUCACCUCCUUCAUAUUUUUGCUCAGAUGUCACUUCUUCCAUGAAGCUUCCCCUGUCCACCUCAUUUAAAACUGUACUUCCAAAAAUAAAUAAAACUGAACUUCCUCCACCCCUGGCACUUCCUAUCCCCCUUCCCUCCUUAAAUUUAGGAACUUAUCAUCAUCUGGCCUACUAUAUUUCACCUAUGUAUCUUCUUUAUUAUCUAGAAUGUCAACUUCACAAGAGCAGAGACCUUUGUCUGUUUAUUUCACAUCUGUGUCACCAGUGCCUGGCACACAGUAGAUGCUCAAUAAAUAGUUUUUCAAGAAAUGAGUACAUACAAGCAUACCUAUAUCUUUAUGUUCACACAUACUUUCCACUUCAUUUAAAGUAAAAACCCAAGUCUUUGUCAUGGCCCACAGCCCUGCACAAUCUGGCCCCAGACCCCUCUGUGAAUUAACUUUCCACUGUCUCUCUUGCCUGCCCUGUUCCAACCACACUGAUCUUCCUACUGUUCAUGAGUGUGCUAAACACAUUCUUCAUUAUGAAUAAAGAAACCUAUUUAAUGAGUAGCUACUAGUGUUAACCAAAAAGAAAAAAAUAAAACCACUGUGAAAUAGAAUAAAAGCUAAUGAGGUACAUUACAUAUAGGAUCUGUACUGUUUUGUGAAACUUUGGGUUCAGCUCUAUGUGCACAUGUGUGUAUGUGUAUCAGGUUGUGAUAUAAGAUGUAUUUCUUAUUAUGGGUGGCAGUUUUAAAAGUUUGAAGAACACAACCUUUGGGCUUUACAAAGGGAGAGAAGAGCUGCACCCACAUCCCCAUCCCACAGACCCACCAAUGGAGGAAAGAGGUGCAGCCCAGAAGAACAACUGAUGGAGUCCCCUGGGGCCCACCGAGUACUGGACUGGCUGACCCCAUAGGGUUGGGAGCAGCCCCUGCCCCUCAGUAUGGCCAACACCACUGGAGAGCCCGAGGAGGUGAGCGGUGCACUGUCUCCACCAUCAGCAGCGGCUUACGUGAAGCUGGUGCUGCUGGGACUGAUCAUGUGCGUGAGCCUGGCGGGCAACGCCAUCUUGUCCCUGCUGGUGCUCAAGGACCGUGCCCUGCACAAGGCUCCUUACUACUUUCUGCUGGACCUGUGCCUGGCUGACGGCAUACGCUCUGCCGUCUGCUUCCCCUUUGUGCUGGCUUCUGUGCGCCACGGCUCCUCAUGGACUUUCAGUGCGCUCAGCUGCAAGAUUGUGGCCUUUAUGGCUGUGCUCUUUUGCUUCCAUGCGGCCUUCAUGCUGUUCUGCAUCAGCGUCACACGCUACAUGGCCAUCGCCCACCACCGCUUCUAUGCCAAGCGCAUGACACUCUGGACAUGCGCAGCCAUCAUCUGCAUGGCCUGGACCCUGUCUGUGGCCAUGGCCUUCCCACCUGUCUUCGACGUGGGCACCUACAAGUUCAUCCGUGAGGAGGACCAGUGUAUCUUUGAGCAUCGCUACUUCAAGGCCAAUGACACGCUGGGCUUCAUGCUUAUGUUGGCUGUGCUUAUGGCAGCCACACAUGCUGUCUAUGGCAAGCUGCUCCUCUUCGAGUAUCGUCACCGCAAGAUGAAGCCUGUGCAGAUGGUGCCAGCCAUCAGUCAGAACUGGACAUUCCAUGGCCCUGGGGCCACUGGCCAGGCUGCUGCCAAUUGGAUCGCUGGCUUUGGCCGAGGGCCCAUGCCACCAACCCUACUGGGUAUCCGGCAGAAUGGGCAUGCAGCCAGCCGGCGGCUGCUGGGCAUGGACGAGGUCAAGGGUGAAAAGCAGCUGGGCCGUAUGUUCUACGCGAUCACACUGCUCUUCCUGCUCCUCUGGUCACCCUACAUUGUGGCCUGCUACUGGCGAGUGUUUGUGAAAGCCUGCACCGUGCCCCACCGUUACCUGGCCACUGCUGUUUGGAUGAGCUUCGCCCAGGCUGCCGUCAACCCAAUCGUCUGCUUCCUGCUCAACAAGGACCUCAAGAAGUGCCUGAGGACUCACGCCCCCUGCUGGGGCACAGGAGGUGCCCCAGCUCCUAGAGAACCCUACUGUGUGAUGUGAAGCAGGCUGGUAGGCAGACAGGCAGGGAGAAGGUCGUGGCCACCACGAUGGAGCCAACAGAAGGGAAGAGGUAGGGCUCCACACAGGAGCCUUUCUUUCUGAGCUCCAGCCCCAGACCCUGGAACAACCUGGAAUCUAGGCACCUUUGCCAACACCUCCCCAGGGCUGGGGACUGGGUGGGGACUGGGAAAGAUGCAUUUCUAGUCCUAUGGGGCCUGUCUCCACCUCCUCCUUCUCCUCCACUUCUACAGUCUCUCUCCUCUCUCUCUCUCUCUCUCUCUCUCUCUCUCUCUCUCUCUCAGAAGUGACAAUUCAGAAAAAAAAAAACUGAAAAUGCAGGUUUUCCUACUCAUAGCUGAGGAGACAGGCUUUCUUGCUUUAAUGUCUCUCCUCUGAUAUUGUCCAGAAGGGGGAAAUUUGUCCUGUAAAAUAGACUUCUAGAGCUCUUAUUGUCCCCUCUGCUCCCAUGCACCCUCUCCUUCCAAGUCCUUUAGCAAGGCCUGAAUGAAAUUGAUCUGCUGAUGAGAGGGACCAAAGUGGGUGCUCGGUCCCCAGGGAGCAAGGUUUCAUUGCUAUGUUGUGUGCAAUGUUGUUUUAGGCUAACCCUGGUCCCAAGGCCAAUCUUUUAUCCAUCCCUACCAUGUCCAGACCCCCCAAGUGUUUCUUGAGCAUCUGUUUGAGAAACAAGGAGGGGAGGGAGAAGGGCCUCUGGGAUGGGCCCAGGUUAGGUGAAGAGCAGGAUGUGAGCAAUAUGCCUUGAGCUGAAGAGACCUCAGCUUGACUGCAUUCUCUCAAGCUGCCUCCAGGAUCCCCAUCCUACAGCUCUUCUUCCUGAGGAUGGAAAUCCACUCCAACCCCACUGAAGUCGAUGGGUGCCAUACAGGCAGGAGCAGCACCCCUCCAGGGAGUGCUGUAGGGAAGCACUCCAGGGAAGUGUAGGGAGAAAGUCAAACUCCCCAGAAUGGCUGAAUCCCAAAGCCUGGGGUCAGAGCAGAGUUGAACCCCAGAAUUGUUUCCUGAGUUCAUGCUACUCUCCUGAAGAUGAAAAUUCUUUGAGGGCCUUGGUAAGUCAUUGUGGUAUAAGCUCCAAGGCACUGUGGACUUGAGUCCAUUCCUCUCUGACCUCUUUUGUACCUUAAAGCCUCAGGGGCCUCAGGCCCCUCUGUGGUAACCCUUGGCCUUCUGGGCCCUUAGCCCCCACCUUCCUUGCUCUGAACAGCCCUUCCCCCUCUUCUUCCUUCCACCAUCACUUCCACCCCAAGUGGAGCAGAAUGCAGCCAGAUUUCCCAGGUGGGAGCUCCAAAGCCUCCUUCCCAGGGCAGAGCCUACUCUGGGUUCACAUCAAGUCUUAUGGACUGGUGAGCCAAACUGGCAUUCUUUGCCUGGUCUUUCCCAAGUUCUCUUUCCCCCUCUUAUCUCCUGGGAGAGGGGGAGAUCUGUAUUUUUCCACCCCCUUUCUCUCCCCUAUAGAAGCCCUUGUCCUACACUCCCUCCCUACCCUAAGACAGCUCCGGAACUGGGCAAGCCUCGACUUAAGCAAGAGGAAUGGAGAAGGCACUCUAGGCAGGAGAGACAUUAAUGAGCCUGGUUAUGGAGUGGCCCUGGAAAGGCAGGCCAGAGUGGCUGAGAGACUGGUAUACAGGGGGGUACCUGUUCUCUUGGUGAUAGUGAUGGGGGUGCCUUUCCCAGGGAGUGGGGUGGGGGUAGAUAGGGUACAUUCAGGAGGAUUUUCCUCUAUUUCUUUUUUCUAACUGCCUGGAUUCACCACUGGAUUUUGUAAAUGGAAAACUGAAAUGAACAAUGCUAUAUUGGAUGUUUUCUCUUUCUGUCUGUCUGUGUGGGUGGGUGUGUGCCCUAUCUGCUAUGACCACAUGUAGGGAGGUAUGGUCAAGUGAGACAGUGUGUCUGUGUGACUUUGUUGGGGCACACUCUGGCCUGGGGCACAUAUGUGAGCAAAUGCCUGUAUGUGGAGACAUAUACAGUGCAUGUGAGCACACACAUGCACAUAUGCACCUAAUUGAGAGAAGACAAAACAGUAUGUGUCUGCAGCAGGAAGCAGAGUGGUCAGAGAGAUGGAACUUGAAAAUGAUAUGUAUGGAUGUAGCAAGAGGGUAGACUCCCAUCUCAGAAGAUCUUCCUCCCCUGGCCCAGGCUCUGAACAUGGGGGACAGGAUACUUGAGAAUCCCAUCUCUUCCAAAAGUCUGGAGCCCCCAGGUACCACUCCCAACUCCUGUAUGAGUCUCCUCUCAAAAACCCAGAUAAGGUGUUCCUGAAACUGGACCACCAUGGAGAAUGGGGACUGGUAAUUGGGGAUCAAACUUGGGGUAACUGUUGGGUUAGGUAAUGCCCCCCACACACAAAGUAAUGGCUUAUGGAGGGACUGCUCGGUCUGGGAUAGGAUCCACUGUAUACAGCUGGGAUUUUGGUAAGUUUUGAUUAAAUUCAGAGGGAUGGAUGUCACAGGGGAUAAAAAAAAAAAAAGCCUGGGAGUCUCCCCAGUCUGCCUGUUCCCUGGGCGCUCAAUUAGUUUACUCUGUGAGAUGCACAGAAUUGAGUUGACCAUACUCCUCAGCUCUUGGCACACUGUAUCAUCAUUGGUCCAUAUGAAGCCCUUAUAUUCUUUUUUGUUUUGUUUUGUCCACUUCAUCACCCAUCCCUAAUCCCAUCACCCCUCCCACAUAGGCACCCCACUCUUGUGUAUUUAACGUGUGUUUUUCCAAUCCACCAUUCAUGUGUUUUAUUUACAUAUACGUGUAUAUGUGGGAAAUGUAUGGUAUUGUUAUGUGUUUUAAUUUACAUAAACAGUAUUGUACUAUAAA